UGUCGUGCUGGAUGGGAUGUGUGUGUGCGGUCAGUAGUGAUGAAGUCCCACAGAACUGAGGAUUCCGGACUGUGAGUGGUGGGAGGGGCCCGUCAUAUACCAUAGUCACACUUUUGAGACGGCUCUGGAAGUCCAGCCCCAAUAGCACAGGUGCGCACAGUUUAGGCAUGACCAGUAGCGCAAAGUUCCGAUAUUCUGUGCCUUGCACCACCAAUGUCGCUACACAACCCGCCCGGAUGUCUGUGGAAUGUGACCCAGAAACCAAAUGGAUCUUCUGACUUACUGGCCGUGUUGCAAGUCCGCAGCGUUGCACUGUGUCCGGGUGAAUAAAACUCUUAGUGCUGCCCGUGUCAAACAGGCAUCUAGUCCUGUGCCCCUCCACCCGGAUGUCCUUCAUGGACCUUGCAAGCUGGUGUGGGGCGCUUUGGUCGAGGGUUACAGUGGCCAGAGUUGAAUCGCUGUCGGGGUACCCAGUAAGCAUCGGAGGGUCGGGGGCGGGGCGUGCUGACGCCGACAAAGAUGGCCGCCCACAUCCGGGGUACCCGGUAAGCAUCGGAGGGUCGGGGGCGGGGCGUGCUGACGCCGACAAAGAUGGCCGCCCACAUCCGGGGUACCCGGUAAGCAUCGGAGGGUCGGGGGCGGGGCGUGCUGACGCCGACAAAGAUGGCCGCCCACAUCCGGGGUACCCGGUAAGCAUCGGAGUGUCGGGGGCGGGGCGUGCUGACGCCGACAAAGAUGGCCGCCCACAUCCGGGGUACCCGGUAAGCAUCGGAGGGUCGGGGGUGGGGCGUGCUGACGUCGACAAAGAUGGCCGCCCUCAUCCGGGGUACCCAGUAAGCAUCGGAGGGUCGGGGGCGGGGCGUGCUGACGCCGACAAAGAUGGCCGCCCACAUCCGGGGUACCCGGUAAGCAUCGGAGGGUCGGGGGCGGGGCGUGCUGACGCCGACAAAGAUGGCCGCCCACAUCCGGGGUACCCAGUAAGCAUCGGAGGGUCGGGGGCGGGGCGUGCUGACGCCGACAAAGAUGGCCGCCCACAUCCGGGCAUGCAAGAUGGCGGCCCCCACGUUUCACCCGCAGCGCUGCACUCCGCUCGCAGUUUAGACUUACCUCGGCGAAAUGGCCCCGCUUUCCGCAGCUGGAGCAGGUCGCUUCUCGCGCUGGACAGCGUUUUCGAGAGUGUUUUUUAUGGCCACAGAAAUAACAAAGCACAGGCUUCUGACGGGCUGCCGCUGUGGUCAGGUUCGGGGAGCUCGUGGAAUCGCGACUGGCAGCGGCGAUUUCGCCCACGGGAGCUGGCGGUGGCGGGGUCUGAGGCGUCCACGGAACUGGCGGGGAAUCGCGCGACUGGACAGCGUCGGCGUAGUGCAGCGCAGCUUCCAGAGCAUUGGCCGUCUCGAUCGCCGAGCGUAAGAACUGGGGAAGGCUGUGCUGAGAUCCGGACCCAUGUGGCCCAGGUGGAGCCCAGACCCUGCAGUGCUGAGAAGGUGACCUCGCUGGGCAGGGACUGGCACAAGUUCUGCCUGAAGUGUGAGCGCUGCAACAAGAUCCUGUCACCGGGCAGCCACGCUUCGCAUGACGACAAGCCUUACUGCCACAAGCCGUGCUACGCCACCUUGUUCGGGCCGAAGGGUGUCAACAUUGGCGGUUUUGGUUCCUACAUCUAUGACCAGCCCCCUCCAUCGUCGGGCACACAGCCACCCCCAGCCCCCGAGGGUUCAGCACCUACAGCAGCCGUGAAGAAGACUGCAGCUCCCGUCAGGGGCCCCAGCAAAGCCUCGAGCAUGACCACGUUUGCCGGGGAGCCCAACAUCUGUCCGAGGUGUGAGAAGAAGGUCUACUUUGCCGAGAAGGUGACAUCGCUUGGAAAGGACUGGCACCGCCCCUGCCUGCGGUGUGAGCGCUGCAGCAAGACUUUGAACCCAGGCGGCCAUGCAGAGCAUGAUGGACAGCCCUACUGCCACAAGCCCUGCUACGGAAUCCUGUUUGGACCAAAAGGGGUUAACACUGGAGUUGUUGGCAGCUACAUCUAUGAGAAGAUGGACACCCCCGGAGAGCAGUGAUUCCAACCCCAGCUGAAUCCAGUGGAUAGCGCUGACUUCCCAAUUGUAACGCAAGGUGCACGGACACUACUCACAACACACCGUCACAGUAGCUUAGAAACCCUGAAUUAGGCCUACCCCAGGUAUUAACUGUAGUUUGUGUGCUGUUGACUGAACUAGUAUUUAAUUUAUGUGGGCUGUAUCUUGGUGUGGUCGUGGCUUUCUGUCACUGACCCUCAAUCUUUCAUGGUGUCAGAGCAGGUGAGGCAAAAGCUGCCUAAGGGCCUUCCCAAAGUUCUCGAAGCCAAGAUUGAACAAUUGGACUGAGGCAGCAGCUUGUGAGGACCAUGGAUUAGUGGGCAGGACCACCAGCACUGCAGUAGCCUUUAUUGAUCUGUGUGUACUGCCCCUCCCAGGCUCUGACACUCUCCUCUGCUCCUCAUGCAGAGUUGUUUAAACUGCCACACCACUUUCCCGCCUGAAACUUUGGGCCUUUACUUACAGUAUUAUAUUGAGCAAAGUACUGCUUAAAGAAUGCAUUUUUAAUGUACCAGCAAUGAGAAGCAUCCUGUUCAUGUGCGUUAAUGAGAGUUAAUUGAAGUUAUCUUUUACUGAGAAUAAACAAUGCCAAAUUUUUCUGGA